CCGGGAGACGGGUUCGCUCCAGUGGCGAUAGUGCGCGUGCAAAAAGAGUUUUUUUUUCGGGUUGUGAUAGUUUUGGGCUAACUAUAAGACCAAGUUGGAUACACGCUACAACUCGUAGUGCUUUGGAAAAUCAUUCAUUGUAAAAUGACUAACUCGUACAUUGUGUGGGUAAUCGUUGGCUUGCUGGCUGUCGGUGGUAUGUGUGGCUUAGGUGCUCAGGAUGCUCAACGAUACGAAGUUCGAACACUGCCGACCGUGCUGACCGAUACACUUCCGGCAGCAGACGCGCUCGAGCCGGAAGAGGAACGGAUCAUCAACUUUGUGACGGUGCGCCCGGAAUACUUUGAGAUAAAUCGUGCCCGACCAAUUAUCGACUGGCUUACGGGCGUCAUCGGUGUUCCAGUUUUUGCCAGCGAUUCCUCGGUACCUUCGCAAAAUUGCACCCCAUGCAAAUGUGGAUCGGUCGAGCCGAUAGGCGAGCGGAUCGUUGGUGGCACCUCGGUGGAGGACAACAGCUUCACCUGGAUGGCUGCCCUCUACUACGACAACAAGUUUAGCUGCGGUGGUUCGCUGCUGUCCGAUCGCUAUGUCAUCACUGCCGCCCACUGCACGACCAAACCCGACCGAGCGCUGUUUCGCGUCCAGUUUGGCGUAAUCGAUCGCAGUAAACCGACGAGCAAAUCGAUAGAGCGGAGCGUCAAACGUAUCCUGACCAACUGGUACAAUGUGUUCAACAACAACAACGAUAUUGCGCUGCUGGAGCUCACCUACCCGGUGUCGAUCAGUGAUCGUGUGAUGCCGAUAUGUUUGCCACAGGCGACGGAAAUGUACGAAGGAAGCCGCGGCAUAGUGACGGGCUGGGGAAGGACGAAAGCGGGCGGUGGUCUGUCCGGGACGCUGCAGCAGACGGAGGUACCGAUCCUGACGAACCGUGAGUGCCGCCGGGCCGGGUACUGGGCGUUUCAGAUAACGAACCGUAUGAUCUGCGCCGGGUUCCUGGAGGGUGGCAAAGAUUCCUGUCAGGGUGACAGCGGAGGACCGUUGCAGGUGCUGAACCCCAAGACCAACCAGUACGAACUAGUCGGAGUCGUUUCGUGGGGCCGAGCCUGCGCCCAAAAGAACUUCCCGGGCGUUUACACGCGCGUCAGCCAGUAUCUGCACUGGAUUAAUCGUAACAUUAAGGAUUCGUGUCUAUGCAGCUAAGGGGAGGAGGAUCGUUUGCUGCUCGCUGAUCCUCCCGAGACUUUAAAAGACUUUAUUUUUAAAAACGGUAUCAUUGCGUAUCAUUGCUACAAAGUACAACAGCUUGAACGGACGGAAUCGAUGAAUAGCGAACAUGCAAACAACCCCCUUGGGAAGGUUGCUGAUUAUCGAAUAAAUUGAAUGCUGCUGGCCGCUUGUUGUUACUC